GGGGGGUUUAUUACUGUACGUCAUUAUCAAUGUCCUGAAUAAAAGGCAUGGCUAUAAAUUUCUUUCUUUCUUUCUUUCUUUUUCUUUUUCUUUAUGAACUUUACACCUAAAACAUUACAUUAUUUUAAACGAGAAUUGAUUACGCAACAAUUACAAAAAGAGAUUGAAUUGUUGAAUCAUUCUGAUCUGUUAUCCAGCCUACAAACAUCAGAACUCAUAUUUUUACGCUAUGUGUUUGAUCAUGUAGUGAUCCAAUUCCCACUUUUACAGCAUACAUGCGAUGAUCAAUUCUGGCCUAAAUGUAAAUUGCUUUUAGAAGAAUUCAACAAAGUCCAUCUCCACCAUCAUUAUGCUCCCUCCAAGUCAGACAGCGCUAUGCAUCGAAAGAAAAUUCAAUACAAAAUUCAGAAAUCAUUAGUGUUUGCUUACUGUGCUUGUAUCAAGACAGUACAGGGUGAAGAAGAAAGCAUUCGUAUCGAUCCUGGUCCAGAUACACCUGAUAAAGACAAACAAACGUUUCAGGUGAAUAUCGUGACUGUCCGACAAGCACAUCAAAAAAAGACACUCCGACAUGUUGCCCAUCCUGAAUUCCUGAUUGAGACUCGGUUUCCACAUCAAGCACCUGUGUAUGUUGCCAGAAGACACGGCGAAUUCCGUAGAAUGAGACAAGAACUCAAACGCUAUUUCAAGCAGAUGGAUAUCCCUCCUGUACCUUCAAAAUCAACACUGGAUUCAGAAGAGGACGGCUAUCGAGAUCAUGACCGAUUGUUACUCCGAUCGUUUCUGUUCAGUUUGACAGGUCAACAAGGAGAGCAACCCACUAAACAACAGAUUCAGAUACAAAAGAGCCAUGUCCUUCAACAAUUCCUUACAGAGAAUCCUGUUGUACUUACACCUCAAGAAGAACAAGAUACAAUCCAACGAGAAGAAGCAGAUCAAAAAAGAUCUUUAGAACAAGCUGAAUUCAAGAAGGAAUUAGACAGACGUGUGUUUGAAUUAAACAAGACAUUAGAAGAACUGAAGCAGCAGAUCAUUAAACCAGGUGGGCUGAUUGAGAUCUUUGAAAUCAUCAAGAAAACCCCUUCUGUACAUGAUUUACCUGACAAUCUGAAAAAGACAUUUGAGUGGGGUCGAAUCAAUUUUGCAUUUGCACUUCAUCGUCAGUUUGUUGCAUUAGAUACAGCCACCGAACAUUUCAAUAGUUUACGUCGUACGCAUGGUUUAAUGCCUUACAAGACACUUGGGUUUAUUCUUCGUUUCUCGAAUCCAAUGUUGAUUGUCAAGAGUAUUCUUGACUUGUUUUUGGCACAACCUUUUGGCGGAAAAAGUCUAUUUCAAAGAAUCCUGAUUUCAAACAUGAGUGAAGAGCACAAGUCAGCUGAAAAAGAGAUUCACACAUUAGAGACCAGCAUAGGUGAUGAACAGAUUUGUAAAAAACUGUUCCAGGCAGUCAGAACACCUUUGCCUCCAGACACUGAUUUCCCAGAAGAUGGUCUAACAGCCGUGAUGGCUAUCUUGGCCAAUGAUGCUAUUCCACCUAUACUUUCUUCUUCUGAAGCACAGACCACUUUCACCAAAGACACCAAGAAAUGCAUGGUACGUCUUUGGGAAUUAUAUGCACAACAGUACGAACAAGAGCGUAUGAUGAACUUGGUCUUUCAAGGUGUCACAGGUGAAUUGCUGAAAGAAUUCAUUGCUGUGUUUUAUCAACCCUUGGCUCAAGUCUAUAAGGCUGCUGAUAUCAGUACAACCAUACGCCAUGUUGCUUGCUUCAUUGAUGAUCUCAUCAAAGUGGUUGAACACUAUGAAGAGAAGCAGGCUGUCUCUGAUUCUAUUCAACCCUUCAUUGAUCUUGUUCAGAGACAUGAACAUCACUUUUAUGAAUUUGUUCAUCAUGUCCAUCGUCAAGAAGCCUCACGUGUGUUUGAUGAUCUCAUUCACUAUUUGGACGCACUCUUUACUUUUGUCGAUCGAGGUUUACCUGGUCAACUCGACUUACAAGACUGCAUUCAACAAGCAGGUAUUCAAUCCCAACAGGACUUGAACCUGCUUCAUCAAGAGAUUGAAGCUAUUUGUGACUAUCGUUAUCAACAAAAGAUGUAUCGUAUCGAAAGACAAAAGAAGAGACUGAUGGCUGAUGUUGAACAAGAAGAACUGACAAAGACGACAGAUUUAGAUGAACUUGUGUUUGACAGUGACGAUGGUUCAUCUGAAUUUGAUAUCAGCAGAAGAAGUAGUAGAAGCAGUGGUAGUCAUGUAUCUCAUCAAGGUAUUGAAAGACCCUAUUUAGAAUUGAUACCCGCGAUUGUUCCUUUCUUUGUGAAUCAUGUAAAGCAAUUGAUGCAAUAAAC